GCCCCACCCCGGCUCCAAGGGGUCGUUCCUGAAGCCCCCGCCACAGCAGCAGACAGACCUCAGAGCGUGCCCGGCCCGGGCCACCGGCUAGUCCCCCAGACGCCACGCAUGCACGCGUGACCCAGGCUGUACCCCCAUGGGGUGGCCGCCCUGCGGCAGCUGGACUCCCCAUCCCACCUCAUCAGGCUGGCGUCCCUCUGGCUCAGGGUCACACUGCUCUCCCACCCCCAGAGGCUCCCUCUCCCCCGUGCACCCUCCUUCUUGCCAAAGGACCCACUUGUCCCCUUCUCUGGACACCAGCCUUGGGUGUCAGUUCCUCCCUGCCCUCUGCCCCCCACACCCAGUACUACGUCUUCCAGCUGCGACUAAGGAGGGUAUCUGGUAUGAAACAAAAAACAAAAACCAAACUCGAUAUAUGCAAUAUCUGUCUGUCUGUACCUGUAAGUCUAGCCCAGCCGUCGGGGGCAGCCAGGGGACACCCCAUCGUCGUUCUCUGUCUCGGUGGCUGGCCAUGCUGUUGUCUUUUCCUCGUUUUUUAUUUUCUCAUUUCCUCCCUUUUUUUUUUAAGCUCCGUUUCCUGUCCCUUAGCUCAGUGGAAGGUGAGAUGGUGGCAGUGAGCGGGGUGUCCAGCGGGAGGACCCAAGGGCUGGACCCUCCAGCCUCAGGCCACACCCGCUGGACGAUGUCCACCUCUGCCCACUGCCCCUGGGACGUUAGCUCUGUCUCCAGAGCAGGUGGGACUUGGCAGAAAAGAAGGUCCCAGCUUUCAUCAGCCCCUACUCGCUCAUCCCAUCUCCUUCCCAAAGACACUCGGCACGCCCGGGGCAGGGAGAGCCGGCCUGGCCUGGCCUCGGCCCAUGGCAGUGCCCUCAGAGCAGUCACGUGGCCAGAGAGCCCACGGCUGUGUGUGUCGGUUUCCAUGUGUCUGAUUUCUGUUUUAUUCCACCUUUGCAAGGGCUUUGCUGGAGCCAUAUUGUGUGUCGUCGUCCCCCCCCCCCCCCCCCCCCGUGGACUGCACUCCACUGCGCCACCCUCCGUGUCAUCCUGGGCCGUUUGUUCCUGUUUCUUGGAAAAGACCCAGCGUCCCCGUUGAGCAGAAUGCCCAGCCCCUCAUUGCAGGCAGCAUAAGGCUGAAAUAUUAGAAACCAGACCCCUGACCCACCUCUGCAGCUUGGGUUUGUGCCCACGGCAGGGAUGGCAGCCUUGUUUUUGUGUGCGUUUUUUUACACGGAGGAAACCGACGUCUUCGCAAACCCCCUCCCCUGCCAAGCCCGCCACCCGCCACUCCCCGCCGUGCGAAGCCCGCCCUGACCCUGGGGUCCAGCUCUGCGGUGGAAGAGAAGAGGGGAGCCUCCCAGAGGGUGGGGGGAACCAGACACCGACCAGGCCCGGGGAAGGGUGAGGGGGAUGGGGAAGGACCGGAAACGGGAGUGGGCUCCUCCGUGCCCAUGGCCGCAACUCGGGUUCUGGCCGAGCUUCCAGCCCCACCCUGAGCCAGACAAUCCGGCCCGAAAGGGACCCCAGGGGAGACCCCGGGGGCCGCUGCAGCCCCACGGGCCCACUCCCUCUGCUCCGGAACCUUCUCUGUCCCUGAGACAGAGUGUUCCCGGGCGGGCAGACCUGAGGGGCCAGAAGCUGCCUUCCAGCCCCCUCACUCCCGCUUCUCCGAUGGGACUGGACCUUCAGUGCAGGCAGAUAUGCCAGUGAGCAUAAGCAUCUUUACUUACAGUACAGAUUGGACCGUGGCUACUUGUUAUUUUGGCCUGGAUUCUCUCUCUCUCAGAGCCUGGUUUUUUCUUUCUAGAGAGUGUUGGGGGCGGGGUUCAGAGAUUCACCCUCAAAUCCAGCUGCUUCCACAUCUUCCCAUCUUCCCCCAUUUCUGCACCUUUGGACACUUUCUAAGAGUCCCACCCCCAAGCUGACACGCCUCUCCCCACCCCCUACCUGUUCCUAAGCCUUUCAGAGUGUGUGGGGUCUGCCGUGGCCCUGGAGGCCCACCCAGCCCUGCCCCCAGCAAGACAGGGAGACAGACCCAAAGCGAUCCCAGCAGGACUUGUUGCCAGUGAUACCAAAACAGAGUUUUCCCAAGCAGUGCCUCACACGUCUGCUGGUGUGGCUUUGGAGUGCUCCCCGCUCCUGGGAGGUCCUCAGCGGCAGGAGUCAGGAUCUAACGGGAAUAAAGGGCUCGGAGGGGAGGGAAGUCACACACGCCCCAGCCACAGCCCUGCACUCACACCUCCUGGCCAGAGGGACCCUCCUUCAGGCGGGAACCCCCAAGCCCACUCCCAAGGUGCAUUCACAUUUCUAUCUGUUGAUCUUCCUGUCUUGGGUCCCAGCCAGGCCCCCCAAAACCAAAGCCCCUUUAAGUCCAGGGGUCCUGACCCUUGCCCCCAGUCUCCUGGCCCCCACAUGAGGAAGGACAAGCAGUGUCCAGGCAAGGGACAGAGCACACAGCGUGGGGGGGACAGGGAGGAGGGGGAGAGAGACCUACUUUCCUCUGAAUUUCCUUUCCCUCCCCCCUUCCUUCCAUCCAUCCAUCCAUCCAUCCAUCCUUAAACUUUUUGGUGGUGUUGCUGUUCACUUUUUCUUUUGAGAUAUUUUUUGAGGUUUUUUUUUUUUUCUCUCUCAUUUUGUAUUUUACUGAUAUUACCAGGAUAGUUUACUCUGUUUCUUGCUUUGUGCUUGCCGCACGUACCGGA